CAUUUCACUUCCCGCGAAAUAAAUUUCGUUUGUUGAUUUGUUAUUUUAUUUCUAGUUUUUGUUUAAAUUAUUUUUUAUUAAUUACAAUUAUAAAAAUGACCACCCGAUCAAAAUCAACAAAAAAAUCUGAAGAAAUUUCUUCAGCAAAAAAAUUAAAAAAACUAGAUGCAAAACAAAAAGUAUUCUUUUUUGAAAAGGAUCUCCUCAAAGAUUCCGAAAAUUUGAAAUUCGAAUUUUUCCAUCACCCGGGAAAAGGUAAACGUGCCCUCUUCAUUGUCGAUAUUAAGACAAAAAAGCUUUUUGAAAUUCAACAAUUCUCAGAACCACAUCGUAGUUGGUUAAUUAAUAAUAAAGUUUGUUCCAAUGGCAAAGCCUAUUUAACUAUUCCCAUUGACAGUACCUUCUUGGCAUUGUUUUAUCUAAAGAAGUUUUGUUCUGAACGAGCCAUGGCUCUGGAUGACAUUAUCGAUGAUGAUGAUCCUUCGGUACAUAAGUUCCUAUCUCAGUAUGUAAUCAAAGAUCAUCUGGAAAUCGUUGCAGAUGUUAAAACAGCAUCUGGAAUGAAUUAUUUCAAAUACAAUCCACAGAGGACAAUUGCAUGGAUGGCAGUUAAAGUAAAAAAUUUAGCUGAGCGUUUAAAAAAGGAAUCAAUAUAUUGUGGUUUUAGUUCGCUAUCACAAAACUACAAGAAAAGUGAAGUCACACAAACUGUCGAAGAAGUAGACUAUUUGAGGAAUGCAUGUGAUAUUGUUGGAUCGUAUGUGGAUUUGAAUGUGCACGAGGAACUUAAGGAAUAUCUUGGUAUUAAAGAAAUGGAGAUCAAAGCUGCUAAUAAUAAAAGAAAGUCUAUCAACUCUGAAAAUGGUUUGGCUAAGAAAAUCAAAUUGGAAGAUAGCAGUUCAGAGAAUAACAUAGAAGAGUCACCUAAAGCAGCUGCACCAGUGAAAGAGAAAAAAGUCACUGCGAAGGAUAAGGCACUUGCAAAAGGUGCCAAAGGAACGAAGAGUAUAUCUUCAUUUUUUAAGAAAUAGAAAAAUAAAUAUUUAUUAUUAAAA